GUGUUGCAGGCUUGCAGCCAUCUUUGCUUACUCAUUCUCUUAACUUUGACCCUCAAAUCCCAAACCCCCCCUAUAAAUACCCGAAUCCCAGGCAUCACAAUUAGUAUAUUCCACUAUUCCAGAGUCUCGUAUUGAAUCUAAACUCGAACUUUUAAUUAGUUCUUUACAGGAACUGCAUUUGCAAAAACACUUUAAUUUCCAUAUAAUUAACAUGGAGCAAAGUUUGUUUAGUGUUGUCACUCUUGUGCUUGCUUUGGCCAGUAUUGUGAACACAGUGCAUGGCCAAGGUGGCUCACGUGUAGGAUUCUAUUUGGGAACAUGUCCUCGUGCUGAAUCCAUUGUACGAUCCACAGUUGAAUCCCAUGUUAACUCUGAUCCUACCUUGGCUGCUGGGUUGUUGAGGAUGCACUUCCAUGAUUGCUUCGUGCAAGGUUGUGACGCUUCUGUUCUCAUUGCCGGCGCUGGCACCGAGAGAACCGCAAUUCCAAACCUUAGUUUAAGAGGAUUUGAAGUUAUUGAUGAUGCAAAAGCAAAGGUGGAGGCUGCUUGCCCCGGUGUUGUGUCUUGCGCUGAUAUCCUUGCCCUUGCUGCUCGUGAUUCCGUUGUUCUGAGUGGUGGACUGAGUUGGCAAGUGCCAACUGGGCGCAGAGAUGGCCGCGUGUCACAAGCCUCAGAUGUCAAUAAUUUACCUGCCCCUUUUGACUCUGUUGAUGUCCAAAAACAGAAAUUCGCAGCAAAGGGUCUCAACACUCAAGACCUCGUCACUCUUGUUGGUGGACAUACCAUUGGUACUACAGCUUGCCAAUUCUUCAGUAACAGAUUGUACAACUUCACUUCAAAUGGUCCUGACCCCUCCAUUGAUGCUUCAUUUCUUCUACAACUUCAAGCACUCUGCCCUCAAAACAGUGGUGCUUCGAAUCGAAUUGCACUUGAUACUGCUAGUCAGAACAGAUUUGACACAUCUUACUAUGCCAAUUUGAGGAAUGGUCGUGGAAUUCUGCAAUCUGAUCAAGCGCUUUGGAAUGAUGCUUCCACAAAGACCUAUGUGCAGAGGUACUUGGGCUUAUUAAGAGGCUUGCUUGGAUUAACAUUUAAUGUGGAAUUUGGAAGGUCAAUGGUGAAAAUGAGCAACAUUGGUUUGAAGACAGGGAGUGAUGGUGAAAUUCGCAAGAUUUGUUCUGCUUUCAACUAACUAGCUAGCCAAUUAGCAUAACAAGAUGCAUGGCUUAUAGCUAGUGUCUUACCAAAGUGGUCUUAUCUUACUAGUGUGUUGCCAUUUAAUUUGGCUGUCAAGUGUAUAAUGUUUUUGUGUUUACUUAUUUUGAUAUGCAAAAGAAGUUUGGGAUAGAAAAAGUAUUUUAUUUUUUCC